CUUACAAUUUAAAAAAUAAAAAAUGCCUGCAGCUGCAAAUAAUGGACCACCACGGGGCCUUUUGCUAUCUAAUAAGCCUAUAGUCUUAUGGAUACACGAUCCCGGUGCCAUUUAUAAUCAUGAUGCUGUUAUCAAUCCUGAAAUGUUUCCAAAUUUUCGUGAUGGCCAACUACUCAAGAUUCUUUGCCCUCGAAUAACACAACAACAACCUCAACAACAAUCUCAAAAUGUGAUUAACAACAACAAAGCUGAUCAACAGGAUAGCAAAACACAACUCGAACAUACUGCAUCUCAACAGCAACAGAACCAACAACAAAACCAACAAAACCAACAAUGCCAGCAGCAACAAUCAGACCAGUCAUCAACGCAAACUCAGCAAUCGCAAUCAUCAGACAAACAAGAGCACAAUGAACAACUGGAUUUCGUCAUUGUAAAAGGUCAUGCUGCUGACAAAGAGAACUUGGCUAAGCAACAGCAAUUGCAGCUUUCGGUAUCUAAAGAUAUUGCAGAUAGGUUUAAUCUAAGAUCGAGACAGGAGGUUCAGGUCGAAUUGAUUGAUCCAUAUCAAGUAGCAUUAGAUCAUGUCGAACUUGCUUUUAAAGAGCAGUACCUCGGUAGAAGUGAUAUGUGGAGAUUGCAGCAAAGGCUCAAGGGAACAUGUGUGUAUCUAGAAAAGAAAAUAUUAUUUGCUGGAUCGAUCAAAGCAACUGUGAAGCGUCUUUUUGCUAACGAAGAGCAACUAACAUCUGGGUAUAUUACGGAGACAACUCGUAUGAUAUUCCGAUCCGCAUCAGCAAAGUAUUUUUUAUUUAUACAAAUGUCAAGGGAGAUGUGGGAGUUUGACGAGGACGGGGAGCUGUACUUUGAGAAGGCUGUGAGUAAUUUCUUACCACAAUUAUUUACUCGUUGGAAAGAUGAAGGCACAAAUCAUGUGGUAUCUAUCGUCUUAUUUACGCGUGUUUAUUAUGAAACAAAAAUCGACGAUCCCUUAAUAAAUGAAGCUCCUGAUGGCAGAUUUUACAAGGAUUUCUAUAAAGUACUGGCUGACUGGGAGACAACAGAUGACUGGAUGUCGAUAAUUGGCCCAUUGAAGAAAGAACAGCUUAAUUUCCAACCAAAUGUUCUGUUGCGCGCAGAGAAUGGUAAAAAAAUUGUAAGUGGCCAAAUAUCAAUGGCAUACGAAGGAAACGUACUCGAAGCUGUAAACUUAGCUUUAAAUCCGUUCGAUAAACAUUACGUUGACAGAGAUUUGAUGAGAACAGGCCUUUCUAUCAUUUUGAUUACUCCCGGAGUGGGUAAAUUUUCUGUCAACAAAAAACUGCUUCGGUUGACGAAUGAGCGUAUGACAGAUAAUGGUAUUGCGAUGGAUUUGGUCUGCUUAUCUCCUUUGCCUUUACACAUAACACCACUGAUGGCAUACAUGGACGCACCACAAGUAUAUGAAACUGAAACUGCUGCCCCUACUCAAGAUAUACUAGCCCUCCGUGGAGCUGGCAAGCCCCCAAUAUUUGCAAAUAACUCACCUGAAAAGAUAGGAAUGAUGCAUGCAAAUUCAAAUCAGAAAAUAGGCCAUCAGGAUCCUCUUUAUAGAGAUUCAAAUGAUGCACCUACCCAGAAAUUUUACGCUGUGCCACAUUGGAUAGACUGUAGCUUUUAUCAUCAUGAAACAGGGAGAUUUCUCAAACAGGAUAAAUUUAAAACACGUUGCAAAAUGUACGAACUUCAAAUGAUGGGUAUCAUGGAACACGAUAUUCGAGGCAUUUGCAUCCCCUACUUAUCUGACCCAGCCACAACACGCAAAGAGGCAUCUGUACGUACAAUUAAAGAACAAAGGAGCAGCAGUAGUUUAAAUGAUAAAUUGAGAACAGGUGAAGAAAAUGCUAUCAAAAUGUCCCAUACCAGUAAUGGGGAGGUCUACUUAUCGCGAUCUGCAAAUAUAUCUGGAAGCACCCGAAGACCUUCAUUUUUUGCCAAUGCCGAAAUGACUCAAGUUCAUCCGCAAAAGAUUGCUGUCAUGGAGAAACCGGUCUAUUCAUAUGAAAGAUAUGACGGUGGACUGUUUAAAACUUCAGCAGAACCCCGUUUUAAUAAGCGGAUGAUCGUUGGCCCUCCCUCUUCAGGAAAAUCAACAAAUCCAAAGAUAAAUCAAUCCAACAAAAACUCGUUUGAUGGUCCCGAACGCCCCGAAAUUGGUAACAACGAGGUUUGGCAGAAUAAUGCAAGACACAAAAAUACAACUACAUGGCAUCAUCCAAGUGAAGCGCGUCGUGUGCCUUCAAUUAUAUCGCAGUCCCAACAAUUAGGAGGUAAAGGACUUUUCGAUAGCCAUCAUAUCCCACCGCGUAAAGACGAAAAAGGAAUUGACCCAUUCAAGUCAUCACCUACAUUUAUCAGAGACGAUGUCACGAACAAUGCAAGAUUCAGAAGUUUAAGGCGGGGGACUGUGAAUAGCACAGACGGUAAAUAUACAUCAAUAGGGGCAGCCAUUGCUGGAACUACCCAACAACAUGCCGCUGCACUUGGCCACGAAGAAGACGAAUUUGCAGUUGUGAGCUCAAGCACGGUUGACCCUGUUCCAAUCAACAAUAAAGGUCUCGGAGGACGUUCUGAUUCAAGCCGCAAAAAUAUUAAUCAUUCGCCGCGUCAAGGAGGUGUUGUUUCAGGAAGCCUUCCUUCAAUUCAUAAACAAUCUGGAAACAGUGAAUUGAUACGUACUAGUUUUGGCGCUACUGGAACAAACAACCUUAAUCGAUCUUCACCAUCACACAAUUUUGGUCGAAACAAUCCUUACAAACACAUGUUGAUUAAUCCGUGUAACCCAUCAGAUAACCAAAAUUUAUUUACUUCGCAUUUGAGACGCUGGCAGCAUGCAUUACCUAAGGCCGCUAUCUGUGAUGAACCUGUUGUACAUUGGAAAUCGUUAGCUACACCUGCAUGUCUGCCUCUAACCACAGACUAUUUCCCAUCAAAUGAAGAAUUAGCCACGAGGUAUGAUCACUACAUGUACACUGUUUCAGCAAGUGAAGAUACCAAUCUCUACCAAGCAGGUGAUCGUAGCUUAUCCGAACACAAAAAAACCGAAAAUUUGUUAAUUGAAAUGUUAAGUCAACGUUUGGCGCAAGGUUUCCAAAUUAUUGUAGAUAUUACAGGUAGCUCCAAUUACUUAAAACCCACUACUGUAAAAGGAGAUGGCCCUAUUUCAGCUCUUGGUGGAGGAUUUAUGAACGCAAAUAAUAAAGACGCGGCAGGUUUGGUGGCAAUAGCGGCAGGAAAGGAGAUCGAUAACGGUGGUAUUAGGAAUGGUGGAAGCCCUACUAGUAACAAUGCAGCAACGACUUUGGCAACAACAAUGACCAUUGGAGGAAAUACAAAAUUGACCUUGGGUGGAGCAAAUACAGUCCCUGCAGUAGGUAGCGGAUCAGCUCAGGAUGAUAAUGAGAAGUCAAAAUGGAAGCAUAUGGUCUGGUGGCUGUCUAUGGGUCAUCAGGUACAUCAACUUACUUUUGAUUCAUCCGGUCAAAAUGUUGAAGUUCGUCGUUAUGUUCGUAAAAUUCAAUUUGAUGUUAGCAAGAUUAAUUAUAAUUGUGCUAUAUGGCCAAAGAAUAUGACAGCUUACAGACAAAAGACGGUAGUAUUUAGCUACCCUAGCUUGCUAUAUGCCUGGAACUAUCUCGAUCAUCUUGUCGCUGGUUAUCAGGAAGAAUUAACAGAUAAUCUUCGAUUCUGGCGCGCUAGGUUUAUUGUGAUUCCCCGCGAAACAUUGCCUACUAAUAUUACUCUCACUGGGGCACUUCACGAUAAUUUGGAUGAGGAAGAAAAAAGAUUGGCCCUGUUCGAAUCGUGGAUUCAAAAUAUCCGUAAAGCAAAAUGGCUCACUCCCGAAGAGAGAGAAGAGCUACAAAAUAGACGUAAGAAAGAAAUUGGAUUUUCAGAUCUUGGUGUAAAAUUGACUACGAUGGAUCCUUCUGCCUAUGUUGCUAGUGAUGCUGUACGUGUUUCUUCGGCGCCUAUUCCUCAAGAGUCCAAACCUCACAGCAGUAUUCUAUCGUCUAUAAUUAUUGGACAAGGCCUCACUCGUGACUCUAGAUCCAAAGAAAUUGCUGCAGCGUUGCAAGAUCCCAAGGGGGGUGUCAAGAUUAUGGAUAGACGCUGGCAUUUCAGAAUGUUCAAUGAUGUUUUCACAGGUACUGAGUUUGUAGACUGGAUAAUUGGACAAAUCGAGGAAAUUACGACACGAGAGCAAGCCGUCCAAUUUGGUAAUUCACUAAUGCAAAGGAAGCCUCCAUUGUUUAGCUCGGCUACCAAACGUCACAGUUUUUUGGAUGGUAAUUAUUUCUAUGGGAUAAAUGAUGAGUUCUCGAUUGAAAAGAAGAAAUCCAAAUCACAGAACCGUAAAGCUAGUAAUAAUAGUGAUACAAUCCCAUCGAAGGAAAAAGAUCAUAGUAUUGGGGAAAAUCAAACUCUUCGUCAAAUACCAAGCACAAGUUCAUAUACUGCAACAAAACGGAUUACCUUUGAUAUGUCACAGUCAAUGAUUAUAGACGUGGACCCAUAUAAGAAAAGCGACCGCCGAGAAACAGCUAUUCUGCAUUAUGAUACAAUUCAUAAUCCGAAUAAUUGCUACCACUUUCAAUUAAAUUGGCUCGGUUGUACGGCACAACUCGUACAGGAAUUGCUACAAAACUGGAGUCGCCAGGCAGAAAGAUGCGGAUUGAAAUUAGUGGAAGGGUCUGUAGACCAGGCUUAUGAAGAUACUGAAAAUGAUAAUCCCUUUCAAUGUCCCGUACCUAUUUCAAUGGCUGUGCUACCACCUUCAAUUGAUGAGCUUAUUUCAGCAUCAAAAAUUGCGGUUCCAGCACAAUUUUACGAAAUAGCGCUUGUACGCCAUCUAGGGUUUGUGUUGGAUGUUGAAGCAGACUUUAAUUUUGAGCGGGCCAAAUCAGAAGGUGUCGAUCUUGAGUAUUCUUACAUAAAAGAGGUUUACAAGUACGAUCAAUAUGUACAUCAAUCAGGCGUUUCGUUCGUUCAAAUCAGGCCUGAUUCGCAAGGGUUCUAUUGGGUCAACAACCGUCUCUAUACCAACCAUACUCCUGCUCUGAUAGCCAAUCGACGACAACCCUCGUCAUUACUUUGUCACCCCGAUGCUUUAAGAAUUCGAUUCCAAGAACAUUGUUUUGACGGAAAAUGGUUAACUGAAUUUUGGGAGAGUACCAGGGCCCACUUUUUAGAAGGAAUGGACCCUGAUAGUUCCGAUGCCUGGGUGUUUGAAAAUUCUGGGGCGAUUGUCGAAGCAGAUACUAGUUCCACAGCAAAUACAACAUCUUCCUUAGAAGACGCAGGCGAUAAUACUAAUACAAUAAUCUUGAAUGAAAAAGCAACUAUGCAAUCAAAUGGACAUAGUAAUACAUCCGCUUUAAUAGAUAUACCCACCACAUUAGCUAGGUCAUACAGUGUAGCUACUCAUCCCACAUUGGUUGUUUCUGGGACAUCUCCACCCUCAAAUUCUGCUGAACCCCCUUUGCCUGAGGAAACGCUUACCACGGCCACGAACGGGAACAAGCAAUCGGUCAUAUCUGACUCUUCUGAAACGUCUACGAAUUUGUAACUCGAAAAAUCGCAAAAAACAAGAUUGUUUUGUUCCUUCUGGAUUAGACACAUACCCAUACCUGAGGUAGAUGCAAGAAUCUGAUUCCCAAAUUAAUCUAUAAUAAAUUCCAUCCGAUGGAUGUGAGGUUUCAUAACCCUUUUGUGGUUAAAAUAGUGCCGGUUCCUUAAAAUUGGAUGGUUGCUUAAUUUUCCUAGA